AGUCAAACUCAACGACUUAACUGAAGCGCAGUUGAAAGACAAAGCAUUCAUCAGCCAGUGGUUUAACAUCAGACUGGGGUCAUUUUUACCAUCUGUGACCCCAAUGUUCCUGACAUGCCUAACCAACCAGAGUUUCAGUUGUGAGACCUUCCAGGCUGUGGUGGCAGCUCUCAGCAACCGGUCAACAGCCAUGAAUGAGGAGCAAAAGAAAGCCAUCUUCACUAGCUUCCUGUAUCCGUUCCUAUCAAGAGGAGACUCAUCAGAUCCUGGCUGCAUUACUGGCACCAUGGGCAGCAAAGACUGGCUUCAGACUAACUUUGGCCAAUUUUCGGUUUAUGCGCCUCUGGAAGAUCUACAAAAACUCAAUGUCAACUUCUCCAGCUUUGAGUCUCUGGAACUGCUGACACCAUCCCAGGCAGCGCAGCUGACUCUGACGUCCGGAGCACUGAAUGACACCACCAAAAUCACGGCCAUCUUUCAAGUCCUGUUGGUGGGAGAUGCUCUCGAAAAUGUUGACGCGUUUCUGACGACGCUGAGCGCGGCUCCUGAGAUUCCAGAUUUUGCCCCUCCCGUGAGAGACUUUGUCAUGAACAGCACCUUCCAAGUCAUCAGUGUCAAUUUCUUGCACUUUGAUGUAUCAGCCUGGAUCUCCUGGUUCCAAGUGAAACUCAUUCCUAUCCUCCCCAGUUUCACUACAGUGAUGCUCACUCAAACAACUGCACAGGCAAACUGCACCAACUACCAAGUCAUUGUGAGAGGAAUGGGCAUCGUCUUCGAAAAGAUGCCGCUGACCAGAAGAAAAGGAAUCGCCAACGUCCUCGUCCAACACCUCAAGCAAUUUUCCGCCAGGUUCAGCGAGAUAGCCUGCAGACUUGACAUCCAGAACGAUGCCCAAUGGCUAGAGGUCAACCUGGGUCCUUUCGCCAAAGAAGUAGACUACUCUGCUUUGAAGGAGCUGAACAUUACAGGAGCAUCAGUGAUCUCAUCUUUCACCGCAGGGCAGAAAGCAGAGUUCAUACUGGACUCCAGCAAUGGUGCAACCCAGGAUGAAUCUCUCGUUGGGAAUAUUGUUACUAGCCUGCUAGAGUCUAAUGAUGAGAGUCAACUCACAGGUUUUUUCACUUCAGUCAAUAACAUUGCAGUUGAGAAAAAUUUGACAGCCAUCCCUACAGGUGUGCGGGACAUUGUUUUGAACCUGACCCUGACUGGACUUGCUCCCAAGUUCCAUUACUUCAGUCCAGAGAAUUUCGCUCUGUGGUUCCAGAACUAUCUUGUUCUUUUCCUACCCAGCAUCGAUCCUACGGGCCUUGCCGUAAUUCCAACAAACAUCAGCUGUGACUCCUACCGUGAAAUAGUGGAAGGAUUUAACAGUGUUUUUGCUCAGCUGUCAGUUGUACAGUCAGAAAACAUCUUCAGCUUCAACAAACAAUACAUGAUGGGCCAAUCAACAGGUCUGUCCUGUGUCCAGUCUGUUGGCAGUGACAAGGAUUGGAUCCUUAAAAACUUUGGGCAAUUCAGUAUUUUUGCCCCAUAUACAGACUUAUUGUUGCUGAAGAGCGAUUUUAAUGGGGUGGAGGCUAGGGAGGUCCUCACAGAGACCCAGCUGUCUGAGCUGGCUUCCAUCCCAGGCCAGCUGAAGAGCCCGGAAGAUGUGCAAAAGGUCAUGGCAGAAAUCACACCAACCAACUUUGCAGCAUUCUUCAAAGUUGUAUCUCCUGCCAUUGAGAAACUUCAGGACAACUACACUGUGGAGGUGAAAGCUGUGUUUCUUCAGGCAAUCUUUGACCGAGGAAACCUUUCAUCGCCAACGGUCCCAGACUUAGAGAUUGUAAUCUGGGUGAAUGUUCUCCUACGUCCCCUCCUAAACAGUUUGUCCAUAGCCCAAGUUGCUCCAUACUUCAGUAUCAUCAAAGACCGAUCCUGCAACAUCAUUCAAGAGGGUAUUAACGCACUAGAUUCCAGUCAUUCUUCGCUGACAAGUGAGAUUCAGAAGGAGAUCGAACACAACAUCCAGCUACUAUUGAAAGGGCCAACCCCGGUCCGCUGCUAUAGUGGUGGAAGCUUCUACAUCUUCCUGAAAAGUACCUUCCUUAACUUCGGAUUCCCUGAUUUGUCAAACUUCCUCUCUCUGAUACCCUACGACCGCCAACCUGAGAUACUGAACUCCAUCAAGCCAUCUGAACUGAAUGCUUACCUCAGUGAGCCAUCCGUCAUCACCAACUCUUCAGACCUCUGCAUCGUCCUUAGCAACUACAAUAAAACCCUUGAUUACCUGGAACUGGUAACGGAUCCUCAGUUGCAGCAGCAGAUCCUUCCCUGUGUGUGGUCUCUGGCGUUGAGUGCCACAACACCUGAUGAGGCCAAGCGUUGGUUUGAUGUUGCCCUGAAGAACUAUCUGAAGUUCCUCACCAAGGACCUCAUCAGUGUGUCUUUUAUCCAAAAUGCCUCCUGCCUGUCCUACAGAAAACUAGUCUCCAUCAUGGGCAGCAGCUUCAACUACAGCACCGCUAAUUUCACACAGUCUGAUGUUUACGCCUCCAUCAAGGCCUACCUUACCCAGGAUGGCACACCUCGCUGCUACAAUGCCACCGUCUCAGAGCUGAACUCCACACCCUGGUUUGUGGACUACAUCGGCCCAUUCAUCAGUUACACCUCAGUCAGUGACCUUCAGUCCUUCUGCUCUUCCAGCCAGCUGGGUAUCUUCCUGGAGAAUCCUGCAAACAUUCAGCUCUUUGGCAACUCUGCCGUCUCCUCCACUGUCACUUCCUACUUCAUAACACAACUCUACACCCUCAAUCCCACUUUCAGCCCAGUCAGUCUCCCAGGUAACUUGCUGUGUCUUGCACCCGUGUCUGCCUACGAGGACUUGGGCAAGAUUGACAGCAUCACCAUGCUGUACCGCCUGAAGCUGAUCUGCAAUGGGACUGAACCUGAGAUUUCUGCCGCCUUGGUGGCCAAUCUGCCCCAGAUCUCUGUCAGUACCAUCCAGUCUCUAGGCAAUGAGAGCACCAGCUUGACAGUGGGCCAGAUCAGCCAGACCUCAUCUAGUGUGCUUGUUUCCUCACUGAGCACGCUCAGUGUGGUCAGUGGUUGGAACCAGGGACAGGUCAACGCCAUCAUCCAGUCCAUCACACAAACCAUGCAGAUUACCACGGCAGCCACCUUAGUCUCUCUGGGAACCCUCAUCCAGGGUGUUCCCACAGCGACGAUAUCCAGCAUCACCUCUACACAGCUUCUGACCACAAUCUCUAAUACUGUGUUCAUCAACAACAUGCUAACCGCACCCACCAUUGUGCAGCAGACCUACAUCAAGAAGAUAAUCUCCAUAGAUCAGAGCAUAACGCAGCUGAUGGUAAAUGUGCCUAAUGCACUGGCUGGCUCCAUUCCCCGAGUUCUGCUGACCUCUUCCAACUCGGCCAUCGCAUCACAGCUCAACCAGAAGACAUGGAAGCCACAACAGGCUGUGAUGUUCUUUGACACGGUCGCAUCUGCUGUAGAUGACACAGAAGAGCUGUCCCAAUCUGUGUUACAAGGGUUUUCCUGUAGCUCAGUGCAGACAAUAUCGAAGGUGAAAGUGCAACGCCUCAUCCGGGCCUGUAGGCCACGUCUUGGUCGCCGUAAGGUGGUACUGGGAGAGUCUCAGCUGACUUGCAUGUACAACUAUGAGAAAAGUGAAGCCUCACAGAACUUCACAGAAUACCCCACAGAUAUGCUGCUGUACUUCAAUUAUGACCAGGUAGACAAGGCCAACUGCAAGUCCUACUUCCAAGCCCUCAGUUCUGCAGACUUCUCUGUCAUUUCCAGUGGUCUAAGCAUUAAAACAACACUGUGGAACAAUGCCAAGAGCUGUUUGGGUAUCACUGGUUUCAGCCUCAGCUCUGAGGACGUGGGUAUCCUGGGCAACAUGGUGUGCACCCUGGAUGGCACCUACAUCCAGAACUCUGACCCGGCCAUUCUGGAGAAACUGAAGAACUGCCCAGACUUCACAGAUGCCCAGGUCUCAGCCAUAGAGACCCUCCUAUUCACAAGAAACACAAUAUAUGGAAACUCAUCCACAUGGAAUCAGCAGACUCUGCAGGAUCUGGGCAUCCUCCCCCUGUACCUCACACAGACCUUCUGGGACAAUUUCAGCACGUCGGAGAAAAGAGCGUUCCUCAGGUCCUUCCUGCCGUCACUGAGGAGCCAGAAGGUCCAGAAGAGGAAACUGCGGAGGCUCUUCAGGCGGUGCAACCACCAGCUCAGACGUCGGUUCAUACGCAGAGCAGGAUGUGUGCUUGGGAACAUCACUGAGUCGACCGUCAAUGAUCCGUCCUUCCCAUUCGGUUACGAUGCAACGCAGUUCGACCUCUGUCUGGACUUGGACAUCCUCAAGAACAACCUGGCCACAGUAACUAAAAAGGUGGACGAUGAAGACUUCCAGACCAUUAUCCUGGCCAAGUUAAACCAGGCAUACCCAGAGGGCCUAAAGGACUCAGAGCUCCAGCUCCUGGGUUCCACAGCCCGUGUGGCCACCACAGAUGACAUCAGUAAGUGGAACAUCACCCUAAUCGACACGCUGGCAGCACUAAUGAACACAGACGAUGGAGAGUGGAACACCACAAUGAGUAAAGCAGUCAUUAUGAAGUACCUGAGCACAGCCAAAAACACACUUGGCAGCGACGAGAUCAACACCAUUGGCUCCAAGCUCUGCGGUCUGGACACCAGUGUGCUGAGUAGCAUUACAUCAGCCAGCUUAAAGGACGCAGAGACUAUGGACCUGAGCUCCUGCUCCGGCCAGCAGAAGACUGCCCUCUACACCACUGCCAAGGUCUCCUUCCUCUCAGUUAGACAGCAAAGGAGCACCAGAGCCGCCACCUCGUAUUACCAACUCAUCAGCCCGUACCUGGGCGGUGCUUCCCUGGCUGACAUCCGUAGCCUGGCAGCAGAGAAUGUUAGCAUGGACAUCACCACAUUCCUUACCCUCAAUCGUGAUGUCAUUAAGAAUCUAAGCGUGAGAGAAGUUCUUGGACUCCUCGGCUCAAUCAACAUUAACGACCUGAAGACCUUUGAGAACAACUCCAUUAUCAAGGCAUGGAUCACUGAGCAGCUUCAGUCGGAGCUCGACAAGCUGGGUCUUGGUUUGACAGGAGGGAAAGCCUCUGUUGCCACUGUUACUGCCACACCUUUGGCCAAUGCUACAAACAAUGCCAGUAACACCACCACCACCACCGCCACAACAGUUCGCCCUUCCACUAAUAGAGGAGAUGUGUCUCACCAGAACUCCUUGGCCCUGAGGAUGUGUGUGUUGCUCAUAUCGCUCCUGAUGCUGCAUUGACCAUGAACCUAUAUGGGCAUGUGCGCAGUAGCGUACUUUAAAUUCUAUUGUGUAUUACUUCAUUUGUAUUCAUGCUACUUUUUCUUCCAUUUAUCUUUUAGAUUGCUGAAUUGUGUAUUUUAAUUGAAAAUGCUCACAUAAUUUAUUUAUCCUUUAAGUAAUUGUUAACUUCUCUAAAUUACAUAAUAUAAUGUCAGAUGUGCUCAAUCAUUAUACAUCACUAAUAAAUUAAUCUACUAUA